AUGGAAGGCUUAUAUUUUAAUAUUGACAAUGGGUACUUAGAAGGUGUUAUUAGAGGUUAUAGAAAUGGUUUAUUAACUUCCCACCAAUAUUUAAAUUUGACCCAAUGUGAUACUUUAGAUGACUUAAAGUUACAAUUAUCUUCCACUGAUUAUGGCAAUUUUCUAUCUAAUGUCUCUUCUGAACAAUUAACUACAAGCAGUAUACAAGAAAAUACCAGCGCUAGAUUAUAUAACGAGUUCAACUAUAUCCGUGAUAAUUCCAGUGGGAUAACCAAAAAGUUUAUGGAUUAUAUGACUUAUGCUUAUAUGAUUGAUAAUGUUGCCUUAAUGAUCACUGGUACCAUACAUAACCGUGACAAAGCGGAAAUGUUAAACAGGUGCCACCCAUUGGGUUGGUUUGAUACUUUACCAACCUUAAGUGUUGCUACUGAUUUAGAAUCUUUAUACCAAAUGGUGCUAGUUGAUACUCCCUUAUCUCCAUACUUCCGUGAUUGUUUUGGUGAUUCCUACCAGGAAUUAGACGAUAUGAACAUAGAAAUUAUCAAAAAUAAAUUGUACAAACAAUACUUACAAGAUUUUUAUCACUUUGUUUCCACCGAGUUGGAAAACCCAACCAAGGAAAACAUGCAAGAAAUUUUGAACUUUGAAGCUGAUCGUAGAACCAUCAACAUUGUUUUGAAUUCUCUUGAACAUCCUGAAGUUUUAGACUUGGAUUUAAAAAAACAAUUGAUUCCUGAAAUGGGUAAAUUGUAUCCUAUUGGUCAACAACAACUCUUAGUUGCUAAUGAUUUGGAUUUUGAGAGUAUUAAGAAUAUAAUUGAAUCAACAGUUUAUGAAUAUCGUGGUAUAUUUGAAACAAAUGGGUCAUCUAGUGCCGCAGAUUCUGAUAUUGGUAACAAUGCAUCAUCAAGUAGCAACUUGGAGGAUCAUUUUUAUCAAUUGGAAUUGGAUUUGUGCAAAGAUUGUUUCACUCAACAGUUUACUUUAUCUACUAUUUGGGCUUGGAUGAAGUCUAAGGAACAAGAAGUUAGAAAUAUUACUUGGAUUUCAGAGUGUAUUGCUCAAAACCAAAGAGAAAAGAUCAACAACUAUAUAAGUGUUUAUUAA